AUGAACGUUGCCCCUUAUAAGAAUACUCCGGGAACAACACAGUUUCAAGGCUCUCCACAGUAUAUGUACCAGGGAGGUUACGGUGCACCUUUGAACGAUGGAUAUUUCCAUCAACAAGGUCAGACCCAACCAGAAGGUCUUAAUCCAUCAAAGCUAUUAGCUCAAACGUUGUAUCAAGGCCAAAUGGGACAGCCAGGUCAGCCUGGACAACUAAACCAAUUGGGCCAACAAGCACCAGAUCUGCAAGAGCAACUCACACCUCACCAUGAUCAACUACAGGCUCUUCAACAACAACUACAGCAAAUACCAGGAACUCCCCAACAGCAACAGCAAUUAGCACAGAUCCAACUGGUUCAGCAGCAGCAACAACAACAGCAACAACAACUACAAGCACAAUUCGCAGGAGUGAUUCCACAGGGUCAACGAGAAUCUUCUCUGCUACCAACGGAUCACCCUCAACACUUGGCUAUUUCCGUUGAUGCUACAACAGCCAAUUCUCCACACUGGCAGCACCAGAUGCAGCUUGCUCAAGUUUCCAGAUCAUCUAACAUUCCUCAUUUUUAUGCAAGAAAUGCGGCAUCGUCGUCAAGAAGAAUGACCCAUGACCCGGACAAUUCUUCACAGAGUGGAGCAACCUUGAUUGAGAUCACCAAAUCUGUUCUUUCCAGUGUUCCCGAAGAGGAAGAGAUCACACAGCAGAAUGAGCAGAGAAGACCUGUGACAGACGCUAAAGAAGUGGAUGAAGAAGAGGAAGAUCAAAUGAUAAGAAUCAAGGAGAAUAACACACAGCUUUGGACAGGUUUGGACCUCAGUGGUCAGCAGCUUUCGAUGAUUUCUCCACGAUUAUUUGAAUACCGGUUUUUGAGGCGCUUAUAUUUGAAUGGAAACAUGCUUACCACAGUUCCAAAGGCUAUUUUGCAACUUAAGUUCCUUAGAGUUUUGGAUCUAUCUUCGAAUCUGCUCGAAUCGCUACCUUCGGAGUUGGGGAUGCUUUUCAACCUCAAGUACCUAUAUCUUUUUGAUAACGAUCUAGAUAAGCUUCCUUGGGAGUUUGGAAAUCUUGAAUCUCUUGAAUUUCUUGGUGUUGAGGGAAAUCCUAGGAUGGAUGAGACAGUAGUUUCUACCAUAUCCAAGAAAGGUACGCGGGGGCUUAUUAUUCAUUUGCGUGAUGAUGCUCCACGAUUAUCUCCUCCAAAGCCCAGAGAUUGGAUUCCUGUCGGUGAGGACGGUGAACCUGAGAUGGGGGCAGCCAAACUUGCUAUCGAUGUGGAUCUUUCUGCUAAGGAAACUUCCAAGUUCACUUUGAUGAGUUACAAUACUUUGUGUCAGCAUUAUGCCACGCAGAAGAUGUACAGAUACACGCCAUCGUGGGCUUUGGCAUGGGAAUAUCGUAGAAAAAAAUUAACGGAGGAAAUCAGCAAUUAUAAGGCCCAAGUAAUCUGUCUCCAGGAGGUGGAAACUAAGACAUACGAGGAUUACUGGUCCCCACUGAUGGAGAAACGAGGAUACAGAGGAGUCUUUCAUUGUAAAGGACGUGCAAAGACUAUGAGUGAGAAGAAUGCCAAGAAAGUGGAUGGUUGCGCAACCUUCUUCAAGACUGAUAUAUUCCAGCUUGUGGAUAAGAAGCUGAUAGAUUAUAGUGGUGUGGUGAUGACCCAAGAUAAAUUCAAGAAGACGGAGGAUCUUUUCAACAGAUUUGCUAACAAAGACAACGUGGCACUAGUGCUUGUUCUUCAACACGUUAGCACGGGCAGCAAAGUUAUUGUGGCCAACACUCAUUUGCAUUGGGAUCCAGAGUACAAUGAUGUGAAGACUAUGCAAGUAGCCGUUCUACUGGAUGAGUUGCAAGGAAUGGUUAGGAAGUAUUCUCCCUCGCGCGAAGAUAUCAACAAGUUGCCGAUGGUGAUUUGCGGUGAUUUCAACUCUCAACGGGAUUCUGCUGUUUACCAGUUGAUCUCUCAAGGUGUCAGUAAGAAGCAUAAGGAUAUGGACGACCGUGAUUAUGGCCGUUUCACAUCUGAAGGAUUCAAUCAUCCGUUCCAUCUAGAUUCUGCCUACGACUGUCUGGGAGAAUUACCCUUCACAAACUUUACCCCUGCUUUUACAGAAGUGAUAGACUACAUUUGGUAUUCGACCCAACCUCUUCGUGUUAAGGGAUUGUUGGGCAAAGAGGAUAGUGAAUACACUAAUAAGCUUAUUGGAUUCCCGACAGCUGAUUGUCCUUCAGAUCAUAUUCCGUUGAUAGCAGAAUUCGAGAUUAGAAAACAGACAGAGGGAAGUCAGGGAAGUCGUAAUAUCAACGUCGACUUUGGUAGUGGUGGAUACUCGAGGAAGACGUAA